CGCGCUCGGCAACUCUCGGCGACGAUGGUCCUUUGGGCAAUGGCUCCGGAGGGCGCGCCACUCUUCUCCUGGGCGCUCGCCCUGUUCGCUCUGCUCGCCACGCUGCUGGCCGUCUUGGUCGCCCGCUUGCUGCUCGACCAGUACUGGAAAUACACGGAGCUGAAGCCCAUCCCGGGGUUCAGUCCCUGGUACCCGCUGCUGGGCAACGCGCUGCUCUUUGAACGCGAAGGGGAAGCCUUCUUUCAGCAGAUGAUGCAUUACUUUGAAGACUUUCGGAAUAUCUCACUGCUACAGCUUUGGGUAGGACCACUGCCCUAUGUCAUCUUAUAUCAUCCAGAAACUAUAGAGGUUGUUUUGAGUAGCUCUAAGCAUAUUACAAAAUCCCAUCCUUACAAGUUUCUGCAUCCUUGGCUGGGCACAGGACUUCUAACGAGCACUGGAGGCAAAUGGCGGUCCCGAAGAAAAAUGUUAACACCCACCUUCCAUUUCACCAUUUUAGAAGAUUUCCUUGAAGUGAUGAAUGAACAAGCCAAUAUCCUUGUUCAGAAACUUGAAAAGCAUGUGGACAGGGAGCCAUUUGAUUGCUUUUUCUACAUCACAUUGUGUGCCCUGGAUGUAAUCUGUGAAACAGCUAUGGGCAAGAGCAUAGGAGCACAACACAAUAAGGAUUCUGAGUAUGUCAGAGCUGUUUACCGGAUGAGUGUUCUGAUUCAAGAAAGACAGAAGUCUCCUUGGCUCUGGCCUGAUCUUCUGUAUCAUAUGUCCAGAGAUGGAAGAGAACAUUACAGGAACCUGAAGAUACUUCACAGCUUUACUGAUAAUGUCAUUGCAGAAAAAGCUCAAGAACUAAAAAUCCAGGAGCAGCAUAGAAGCAAUGCUGUCAGCAAUGGUCAGCAACACAGGCGCAAAGUCAGGAGAGCUUUUCUCGAUAUGCUUCUGAAUGCCGCGGAUGACGAUGGGAAGAAAUUGAGUUACCUGGACAUCCGAGAGGAAGUGGAUACAUUCAUGUUUGAGGGUCAUGAUACCACCGCUGCUGCAAUGAACUGGUGUAUUUACUUGCUUGCUCGUCAUCCAGAAGCCCAAAGAAAAGUUCACUAUGAACUGGAUGGUGUUUUUGGGGACUCGGAUCGUAACAUCACAAUGGACGAUUUGAAGCAACUACGGUAUCUGGAUUGUGCUAUUAAAGAAGCUCUUCGCCUUUUCCCUUCUGUUCCAUUUUUUGCCCGUACACUGCUUGAGGAAUGUUAUAUUAGAGGAUUUCGGAUACCAAAAGGGGUUGAUGCCUUCAUUGUGCCCUAUGUACUGCAUAGAGACCCUGAUGUCUUCCCGGAGCCUGAGGAAUUCAGACCUGAGCGAUUUUUCCCUGAGAACACAGCUGGGAGGCACCCUUAUGCAUAUGUGCCAUUUUCUGCUGGGCCCAGGAACUGUAUUGGUCAGCGCUUUGCACAGAUGGAAGAAAAGACUAUUUUAGCCACCAUUCUACGGCGCUUCUGUGUUGAAAGCACACAGCAACGUGAUCAACUCGGCCCUGUAGGAGAACUGAUUCUUCGUCCAAAUAAGGGCAUCUGGAUUCAGGUGAAAAGGAGAUCAUCAUCUGGCUCUUAAAACAAGAAACUUCAGGGAAAUUCCUUACCACUUCACAUUAGGACAUAUUUUUUUUUUUGUAAAAACUGUUGGUUUUCAGAGCAGGACAUUUCAGAUUGCCCAACGCUACUAGGACUUCUUUCUUAACCAAACCUGUGUUUUUGCUUUUUAAAAGCCAACAGCUGCAAUCCAGAAUCUGAUACUUGUUCAAUUGAUGGGAUAUUGCAAAUGGCUAUGGGAUAUGUAGGCUUCAAUCUAGGUUGCCACAAUAUGACUUUUCUUAAAAUAAGCAGUGUGUUUUAAUUUCUAAAACUAAUUUAUUUUGAAAUGUAUGCACAUAAGAAAUAUUGAUAAUAGAGCUAUUGAAAAUAUAUUUUAAUGAGUAUAAUAA